ACUGAUCUUAAGGCCACUCAUAGCCAUGUUUAUCUUGAGAACCCUGUUAAUUGUGUUGCCCAAGAUGAUCAUGAAAUUGAAGGCCCUGCUGAUUUUGAAUGCCCUGUUGAUGACUCUUCAACAUCCCACGGUGUUAUUGAACUUUCUGCUACCAUUGAUGCUUUUUCUAAAGUUGCCCAUGAGGAUUCUGGUCCAGUUGAUGGUGGACAAACUGCCCCUGGACCAGAAACGAUAAGUAACUUUUCUGAUUUUGUAGCCCCAGUUGAUUAUGUGCCUAUUGCUUUAGUUCCCCAGGAUGUACCUGCUCCAGUUGAAGGUGGGUGCAUUUCUGGUUUCAAUGCCAGAAUGAUUUGCACUGCCCCUGAGCCAGGAAAUGUUAGCUCCCGCUCUGAAUUUGUUGCCUCGUUUGAUAUAACACCUACUGAUUGUGUCUCUAAUGUUUUCUUGAAUAAUGAUGCGUCGAUGUGUGCCAAUGAUAAAGCACCAGAUCCAGGUCCUGGAGUUGAUACUUCUCGGGCAAAAGUUGGAAAUGAAGGACCUCGUUCUGAUCCGUCUUUUGAACCUCCUAUUGCGUGUACUACACUUGAUCAUCUCCUGUCCAGUGAUGAUAAUCAAUCUGAGGACACCCAAUUAUUGCUAACCUUUGCUCUAUCAGGUCCACCAGACUGUCCACUAGAAGUGGAGCACAAUGGCUUCUGAUUUCACAUGCAUCGGUUUAGUAGUUAAACAUUCUAAAUCUUACUAUAUAUAUAUCAGAGAUGAAUGAAGGUUAGUUAGUCCUAUUCCACUAAAACAGUGCUCGAUGGAAGAUCCAUUUUAGCGCUGAGAAAACUAAACGCCCAGUUAACGUCUUCUUCCCCCGGUUCCGAUUUUUUCUGUGGCUGGGAAAAGUGCUUGCUCCUGUGUGUUUCUGUUUCAGGUUAACAGUGUCAGUGCUGGCGACGACAAUGUCAGUCCAUAGAGGGGCUAUGAUGACAUUCAUUUUCUUAAGCCAGUUGAUGGGCAUUGGGGAUACACGACCCGUAUCUUGGCGUGACAACACACUGACCAGACCUAAAUAUCUCACGUGUUUUGUGUGUUUGCAGCCAUGGCGGCAUCAGAUGUUUCUCUUUGCUUGUUAUUUGAUAGAGUAUAUGGGCCUGGACCCCAUGGCCCACAUACUCAACAGCCCAAAAGACACCAGCGGGGCACCCGCAUCGGCCAAAGGCACGCGACGUCCAAGGAAGGAGAUAGCUCUUGGAUUAUAUGAACGAAGUCCGGGAUCCGCAUCGUCCAAUGACCGUGUCGUCCAUGGACCGCAUCGUCCAUGGACCGCAUCGUCCAUGGACCGCAUCGUCCAUGGACCGCAUCGUCCAUGGACCGCAUCGUCCAUGGACCGCAUCGUCCGGACUUCAUCCUGGCAGAAUGUAUUUUCCAUUGUAUUUACUAAGUAUUGUACACAGCCCAUUAGUGGCCUUAUUUCGCCCAAAGAAGGCAUGAUUAUUGUAAUGGGCCUCCUAAGCCCAAGGCUAGGGGCCCAAAUCCACAUUUUUACCUAUAAAUAGACCCCAAGGGGCUAAUUAUAGGGGGUUCCAAGUUGAGAAAUAUAAUUACUCACUUUCUCUCUCUAGCUCUCACUUCUCUCUAGAAUUAAUACUCUAUCAUUUGGUGCUCUCGUUGAGAGUCUAGAACAGAUCAAGUGAGUACCCUUCGUCGCUACCAGACACUAUCGCCAGCUAUGACAAGAA